ACGGUUUAAGUGGAAGUUAAACACCUUCAAACAAGUUUCCCACUUUAAGUUAAUCACUGAUGUCUUAAUCAAUUAUUUCAUUUUGUUUUCUUAAUUUUACCAUGGAGUCAGCACAAAGUGAUCAAAUUGCUCAAACAGUGGAAGCCAUACCAAAGAAAGAUCCAAAGAAAAGUUUCUCGAUAGAAUCUUUGUUAAGUCGCGACGAUGAUAUUAAAAGUAAGAAUGUUGCCGACGAGCGCGAUAAUAAUUUGCAUGAGUUGUUAAUUAAUGGUGGAGGUGGUGGGUUAAAUGUAGAUGGUACUAAUUCGGGUGUAUCUGGUGGUAUUACUGGGUUUGGCGGUGGCGAUAGCGGGUAUUUUGUGAACAAUUUUGUUGAUAACGGUAAUCAUAGUGAUUUGGGUGGUGGUGCGAGUAGCAUUCGCAGCGAAAGUGACGAUUUUGUGGUGCGGCAGUUGACUGCAGCAAAUUGCAGCAGUUUGGAGACGACUCCUGCAUUUCGAAUUCGUUCGGCUAGUGCGACGGCAAGUGACUGCGAUGAAUUUUAUCAGAGGAAUCUUAUUGAUGCAAAAUCCGACGACGACAGGAAGAAGCGACCUCGCACCGCCUUCACCGCCGCACAGAUCAAGUCACUGGAAGCAGAAUUCGAACGCAACAAAUAUCUCUCUGUUGCUAAGCGUUGUCAAUUGUCCAAAACGUUAAAACUCACUGAAACUCAAAUUAAAAUAUGGUUUCAAAACCGACGAACAAAAUGGAAGCGCAAGUAUACCAAUGAUAUUGAAAUACUCGCUCAGCAGUACUACAAUUCCAUGGGUAUCUUAACACCUAGACCAAUUUUUCUUGGCGAUCGUUUAUGGUUCUUCAACUACAAUAAUCAAAAUGGCGUGCCACAACCGUGUCCUCUGCCACCAAACGCAAUGCAAAACUUAAACCUGCCACCUGCAUCACAUUCGUCGCAAUGUCUACCACCAUCGUAUGAAUUUCACAACGAUGUUCCACCAAGUGUAGAAAACUCACCCAUUUUACAAUUGCAAAACUUUGGGCGACACUUUGAUAACUCAUAACUUGCAAUGGAGGCAAUUGUAAUAUUUUAUAAGAAAACGCAAUUCAGUUUUAAGGCAAAUGUGUAAUAUGUAAUAAACAAAUAAUUAUUAUUCUUACUUAUUAAAUCACCUGGAUAUUAAGAGCAGAGUUGUCGGCUUCCAUCUUCGCG